AUGUCACUCGAAGAUGUUUCAUUGGAAACUAUCUGUCCAUUAACUGAUGAAGAGAGAUGUCGUUGUCUUGCAGAAAAAUGUCCCAUUUAUUAUAAUUUUUCUAUUAAUUUAAUGGAAAGUUGCUAUAUGGAAUCAUGCUUCAUCAGUAAAAAAGCUUUAGAUGAUCGUACACUCAUUCAGGUGACGACAGUCUACACCAUCAUCUUUAUCAUCGGAUUAAUAGGAAAUUUGGUGACAUGUGUAGUCAUUCGAAGACAUCCCAUGCUCAAAACGCACAGCAGUCAUUAUCUUCUAAAUUUGGCUUGCGCAGAUCUUGUUACACUGUGUGUCGGUUUACCAUUUGAGGUUGUUAUGAAUUGGAACCAAUAUCCUUGGCCGUUUCCGGAUUUUGUUUGUAAUUUAAAGGCUUUGAUCGCUGAAACAACGAUCUCCGUGUCCAUCUUGACCAUUCUAUUGUUUUCAAUUGAACGUUAUAUUGCUGUGUGCCAUCCAUUCAUUUUUGUUAAAAUGAAACCAUUACGUAACAAUGUUCAUUACUUUCUGAUAUUCACAUGGGUUAUUUCAAUCAUCUGUGCAAUUCCAUUUGCCAUUCAUCAUCGAGCAGAUUUCAUGUUGAAAGACUGGCCAUAUACAAACAAUGGACAGCCGGUGAUCUCAUCAAAGAUGUGUAUGAUAGCUGUAAUGUUCGAUCAUCAACUACUGACGACAUUCAAAUUUCUAUUUCAUUUCUCAGCCAUUAUGUUCUUCGUUAUUCCACUCUCUAUCAUAUUCAUCUUAUAUGUUCUAAUUUCUUAUCAUAUAUCAUCUUCACGUAAAGGACUUCAACGAUCAGAAACUAUAGAGGAUGGACAUCUGAGAGUCACAUUUAUAUUAACGGCUAUUAUCUUAGCCUUCUUUGUUUGUUAUCUGCCUUUCCAAAUUCAACGUUUGGCUUUUUUCUAUUUCGACAACUCAGAGUUCUUUUCAAUGCUGAAUCAAUACGUCUACUUCAUCUCCGGUUUUCUCUUCUACUUAGCGACAAUUAUUAAUCCAAUAUUAUACAAUUUGGUCUCUACUCGUUUCCGCAAAGCUUCUCGAGAAGUUAUCAUUUCUUUGCUAUUCAAUCAACCUAUUCAAUCGCAAAAAUUCAAAUCAACUGUUAAAUACACAAUUGCUUCACAGAAAAGCCGUAGCGACGAAUAG